CCUAGAGGGAGGUAGCUCUGUAAAACUGGUAGGAGACGUCUGGAAGAAAGCAAGUCGCCCGCGGAUUUCAGCACCUAGGCAGAAACAGUCAGGCUUUCCCGGGGGUGGCGGGCACCGGGAGGCCCGGAUUAAACGCGGCGCCCGGCUGGCGAGAUUGGGGUCGCGCGGUCACGCUCCAGGUGCUCCUCGAGGGGGUCCCGGGGUCCCGGCCCCGCCGCCGUGCCCCGCCCAUCUCUGUCCCCGCAGCCUCGCGGGCUGCCGGGCUUUGUGGUUCGCCUGUGCGGCCGGGCCCCUGCUGGGGGUGUCGUUACGAGCAUGUGCAGACAGCAGCCCAAGCCUUCAGGAUAAUUCCUUCAGCAGCACCGCUGUAACAGAGUGUGAAGAAGACACAGUCUCUCUGCAUGAAGAUCAGACUGACUGCUCUAGUCUCAGAGAUGAAGACAAUAAAGAAAAUUAUCCCGAUGCCGGGGCUCCGCUAGAGGAGCCCGCACCGUCCCGUGAGCCGCCGCAGCAUGUAGAGCCGCCCGCGAGGCUGGACGUGCUGCGACCCAGCAUGGGCAACUUCAAGUCCCGGAAGCCCAAGUCCAUCUUCAAGGCCGAGAACGGGAGGAGCCACGGAGAAAGUCAGGAGACAGAGCAUGUGGUACCCAGCCAGUCAGAGUGUCGGGGGAGAACAGGAACGCCAGCUCAGGAGAGUCCGCAAAACCACACCUUCAGGUGCCAGGAAACCGUGCGAGCUCAACGAAGAAUAGACCAGAGGGCGGCCGUGUGGCCAAAGGAUGAAACUCGGCAGGACCUCAAUGAGGAAGAAGCCGCUCAGGUGCACGGAGUCAAGGAUCCAGCCCCAGCGUCCAGCCAGAGUGCACCUGCUGAGGGGGCAGAUGCCACAGACCCUGUGCCAGUGCACAAAGAUGUGCAGGAUGAAGCAGACAGUGCACCUGAAGACCUCCAGUCUGUUGAGACUAGCAGGCUGCUCUGUCACAUCACUGAUGGUGACAACCCGCUUCUGUCACCACGAUGCUCCAUCUUUAGCCAAAGCCAGAGAUUCAACUUAGACCCUGAAUCAGCCCCUUCUCCACCCAGCACUCAGCAGUUUAUGAUGCCCCGAAGUUCUUCACGGUGCAGCUGUGGUGAUGGCAAAGAGCCACAGACCAUUACCCAACUCACCAAGCACAUCCAGAGCCUCAAGCGGAAAAUUCGGAAAUUUGAAGAAAAAUUUGAACAAGAAAAGAAAUACCGGCCUUCACAUGGUGACAAGACAUCUAAUCCUGAAGUCCUGAAAUGGAUGAAUGAUUUGGCUAAAGGUCGUAAACAGCUCAAAGAACUAAAGCUGAAGCUGUCAGAAGAACAAGGGAGUGCUCCCAAAGGCCCAGCUAGAAAUCCAUCCUGUGAGCAACCCGCAGUCCCCCGAGAGAAUGGGAAGCCGGAAGCUGUGGGCCCUGAGCCAGGCUCCUCUGGAGAUGAGACUCCAGAUGCUGUGUUGACAUGCGUGAAGGAGACGAGAGAGCAGCUUCCUUCUCAGGAGGUUUCUAAGGUAACUAAGCAAGACAAGAACCUCAUAAAGCCUCUUUAUGACAGAUACAGAAUUAUCAAGCAAAUCUUGUCCACGCCUUCCCUUAUUCCAACAAUUCAGGAGGAAGAAGACUCUGAUGAAGACUGUCCACAGGGAAGCCAACAACUUUCUUUGCCAAACCCAGCAUCCCACCUUCCUAUUGGCGACCACCUCACCUACUCUAAUGAGACUGAGCCUGUUAGGCUCCUGCUACCAGAUGAAAAGAAAGAAAUCAAACAACCAGCUCUCUCCAUGUCCAAUUUACAUGAGGCCACCAUGCCUGUACUUCUUGACCAUCUCCGAGAAACUAGGGCUGACAAGAAGAGACUUCGGAAAGCCUUAAGAGAAUUUGAGGAACAGUUUUUUAAACAAACAGGAAGAAGUCCACAAAAGGAAGAUAGGAUACCAAUGGCAGAUGAGUACUACGAAUACAAGCAUAUAAAAGCCAAACUGAGACUAUUAGAGGUCCUCAUCAGCAAGCAAGAUGUGGCCAAAACUAUUUGAGGUUCAGGAAAUGUUUGUGAUCACUUUGACCCAAGAUAAGUCAAGUUUAUUUUCGUCUGCCGUUCUUGCUAAGUAGUUAUGACAAAUGAAAAUUGAAGCACUUUAGUGUAUUAGCUGUUUUUAAGAAUGGAUGGCAAGUGUAAUUAUAAAUGAGUAGAAGGGAUUAAAAGGGAGGAGAUACAACAAGGAACAGUAUAAUUGGAAAAUAAAAUUUAGCCUUCUCCAUGCCAGGGAGAAAAUGCACAGUCAGUAUAAUUAUUUCAGAAAACAUCUAUUUUAUCAAAUCUAAAUAACACAAAGCAUCCACCUGUUAAAUGGGCUACUGGUUAAGAAAGUCUACUUAGUGUCCAAAGAUUGCUUAUAUUGACAUAUGGAAAAGAGCAUAAUUUUAAAAACUCAGUAAGAGGAAGAAAAGAAACUUUAUUUUAUGUAGGAAGGAAUACAGCUAGUAAGAAUGUAAUUUAUUUGAAACUUCUAAUAGAUUUUUAAGUGAUUAAAAAAAAUCUACUACCUUGUUCCUUAAAUCUGCUAGGCUUUCAGCACCCUAAAAUAUAUGAGAAUGUGU